AUGAGCCCUCUGCUGUGUUAUGCGCUGCCUGCCCUGGGCACCUACGUCAUUCUCUCCAUCUUCUUCCUGCGUCGACCACGCCUGCUGCACACACCCCAGGUUCAGGCCUUCUGUGUCCGCCUGGGGGCCCACCGAGGAGGAUCUGGAGAGAGGCUGGAGAACACCGUGGAGGCCAUGGAGAAUGCCUUGGCCCAGAGAGCUGACCUCCUGGAGCUUGACUGCCAGCUGACAAGGGAUGGUGUGGUGGUCGUGUCCCACGAUGAGAACCUGUUACGCCAGUCAGGCCUGGCUAGGGAUGUGGGCAGCCUGGACUUCGAGGACCUGCCUCUCUACAAGGAGGAGUUGGAGGUCUAUUUCUCACCCGGCCACUUUGCUCACGGGUCAGACAGACACAUGGUGCGCCUGGAGGACGUGUUCCAGAAGUUCCCGCGGACACCCAUGAGCGUGGAAGUCAAAAGGGAGAACGAAGAGCUCAUUCACAAGAUAGCAGACCUGGUGAGGCACUUUGACCGCAACGAAAUCACCAUCUGGGCCUCAGAGAAGAGCUCAGUCAUGCAGAAAUGCAAGGCUGCUAACCCUGAGAUGCCCUUCUCCUUCACACUAAGCCGAGGAUUCUGGGUACUGCUGCUCUACUAUCUGGGGCUGCUACCCUUCAUCCCGAUCCCUGAGAGAUUCCUCAUCUCCUUCUUGCCCACCAUCAUCAACAGGAGCUACUUCCCAUUUUCCUGCCCUGGGCUGAACCAGCUGGCGGCUGUGGCUUCAAAAUGGUUCAUCAUGAGGAAAAGUCUGAUCCGACACUUGGAGGAGCGAGGGAUCCAGGUGAUAUUUUGGUGCCUUAAUGAAGAGUCGGAUUUUGAAGUGGCCUUUGGCCUGGGGGCCACUGGUGUCAUAACCGAUUACCCCACUGCCCUGAGGCGCUAUCUGGACAGCCACAGAGCGACCUCCUGA